AUGAUCUCGCUCUGGUCAUUGCUUAUAUUGGCAAUAAUAGUGCUAGAGGUGCUGUGUUCUGACGAUAUAACAACAGAACUUUUAGGAGAUAACGUUCCUCUAUCAAAAUCCCUAGGUUUUUCAAGGCGGAAUAAUUAUGGAAGAAAACUUGACGAAAGUCGACUUAAUUCAGAGUAUUUGGAGUUAUAUAAUGAUAUGUUAAAAGCCGGUCAAGAAGGGGUUAAAAAGUUGGAAGACAUUGAAGAUUACAUUGGAACAGAUCUUAUUAAACUUAAAGGUAUGGUGGAUCGUCGAAGGUCUGUCCGAAUGCAGUCUGCGGCAGGAGGGCGUCGCGCUCGAUCUCAGGCCAUACGCAGAGAGAAACUCAAUAACCAAAGCCUAAAAAGCCAUAGAGAACAUUCUCUACACUCAAGUGUAGAACAACGCUUGCUAAUU